AUGGAUGGCAAAUCUGUUGCUGUUGCUUUGGUUCUUUAUCUGGUCUUAAUGGUGGGGUCAGAAGGUAAGGCCCUGGUGAAGACAGAGGAGAAAGGCCUCCAAUGCCUGUGCAUAAGCACUCAUUCCAAGUUCAUCCCUCCCAAGGCUAUUCAGAAUGUGAGAUUAAACCAAAGAGGACCUCGCUGCAAAAAUGUGGAAAUCAUAGCUAUGCUGAAAGGUGGCCGACAAGUGUGUUUGGAUCCCACCGCUCCCUGGGUCCGGCUCACUGUAAAGGCUAUUUUUGCCAGGGCCAGGGACAAUAUUGAGUCACCAAUGAAAGAAAAGUCAAUGAAAAUAUACCUUGGAGUUUUUCAAGGAUAUGAAAUGAGAAGAAACACUGGCUGA